AUAUCUGCACUAGUCGGAAUCAGUGAGGCGUGAACAGUAUCAGGGGUAUGUAGCUGUCUUCUACACAACAUGGACGUGCAGGACACUUUGUUUGACCACAUUAUUGUUUGAUCACAACCAUGGAUCUCUACUUCCGCUUGCUGCUACUUCCGGUCAUUUUUGAGGUUGUCAUGGAAACAGGGUGUGACUGUAACGGCACCGACAUCCACAUCAACGCCACAACGGACCCACAAGUCAUCAGGUCACCCGACUUCCCACUCAGCUACGCUAAUAAUGUAUCGUUCAAGGUUCUCGUCGAAGCUCCAACUUAUGCUCACGUGCUGCACGUGCAUAUCGUGUACAUGCAGCUGAAUAACUGGAACAGCACCUGCGGGGACCGUCUCGUCGCUUACGACGGCAACUCAAGUGAUGCAAGCGAGCUACACACGUGGUGUGGAGCUGACAAGAUGGCGACGUCAACUUCCGGUGAUAGCCUCUUUCUCGUAUUCGAAACAGACGACUUCCUGACCGACUCUGGUUUUGUCCUCCGAUUCUGGGAAGAUGUUUCUACGACCUGUAGACCUGGAAAUAGCAUUCACCUCAAUAUUACGGACACCCCUGUCCUCCUGACAAUCCCCAGGAUCCCCUUACACGAUGAACAGAGGUGCGUGUACCAUCUGAGGACUACAGGCGACCGUCGCAUCUCGCUCACCCUGAAGAACUGGGGGGACACAUCGCCCAGGGGCUGCAAUAAUACACACCUGCAGAUGUAUGAAGAUACACCCACUACCUCUCAACUCACCAUCUCCUGGCGCCAUCCAAUCCCGCCUUUCUCACGUGUCAUAACUACCAGCACGAGCCUCACCAUCAACUUCACCGCCACGACACCAUCCGUGACAAAUACAACGACACCUACCACGAUGUCACUCCCGCUCUGCAAAUUUACCCUCAUAGCAACCAGCAUCAGCAACAACGUCGGUGAUGACACCGCCGAUGUCGUAGAGGUGACGUCUUCCCCCACCUACAUAUGGUACUCCGGCCACAUCCAAGGACAGGUGAAGCUGGUCUCGCGAGACUUCACGAAAACCGUGAGACUUGACGUGAUCGAUGCCGGCUGUAAUCCAAACUGCUUCUAUGUCACUCAAGACAACCCCAAUGGUAAACAACUGGAGGGCACCUUCACCGAUAACACGACGACAUAUCGCAGCACGGGGCCGGUCAUAUUCAUCAGCAACUUCACCGACCAAUCAGAGGACAAGUUGCUGCUUCGCGUGACGUCACUAGACCGAGCGUGUAAUGGCGGCGUGAAGAAGGUGAAGGCCACUACUGACGCAGCCGUGACGUCAAUGCUUGACAUGGCCGCCUGUAAAUAUAACGGCUACUACAUCUACAACAUCACCACUGACCACGCCGACCACAUCGUCAAUCUGAAGUUGAGCCGAAAUUUCUUCAACGCCACAUCUCCGGACAAGGAGUGUAACCAUAGUUACAUCAAUAUAUACGACGGUAACCCUCACUGCCGGUUGUUACGGAAGUGGUGCUGGAAGCAAACUCCCUCCAUCGCAGUCACGGGAGACAAGAGUUAUCUCACCUUUGUAGUGGCGACAUCUCACGGCGACUUCCCUGGCCCUUUAACAGUGACACAUUUUGCUUUACUGAGCGCGUCCAAGUGCAAACCGGGCCUUGUCGACCUGAAAGCUUCAGCGGAUGUGACGAAAUAUCUUAGCUCUCCAAAUUUCCCUGGCCCUUACUCUGUCAACAACGACUGCACCUGGAGGAUCUCAGCUCCCAGGAUCAACUACGUCGUCCUUAUCAACGUGGUCAAGUCCGACCUCCCCAACGACUGCAGUGACUUGGUGUACAUCAUCUACGGACUCUAUCCCACGGAAAAAACAUCCGGCCGUUUGUGUGGACAGGACAGGGGGCAUUUCCGGAGUGUCGGGCCAUUCCUCAUUCUCAGAUUCACAAGUAAUUCCUUCGACAAUAGAUCCGGCUUCAAAAUUGCUUACUCAACAGAACACAACACCGGCGGCCAGCGAACCGAGGGUGGUCCUCCAGUGGGCAGUAUAGCAGGUGCGUGCAUCGCGAUCUUCGUCGUCGCCGGAGUCAUCUACGUCUGCAUCCACGAACAACGUAAACGUCACAAACAGGCUAAACAAGAAAUUGAAGGCGGGACGUUUUAGCAGCGUCACGAAACACAAAAAAAACAAUGCCACCAUUAAACGUACAGGCGACAAUUGUGAAAUUGUAUUAGUCCUGAAAGUGUUCUGAUGUGAAUGUGGAUUGUAUGUCGAGGUAUGCCAGCACCAUACCGUACCACUGACACUCGUAUGAGCCUUGCACCAUUUUCCUCCAACAGCAUGCUGACGCUCAAAGUGGCGUUAAACCAAACUCACUCACUCACUGAUUCUCUUGUGGUAGUGAGUAAAUGAAUAUUGUUUUACGUCGAUUUUACCAAUGUUUCCAGCAAGAUCACGUCGGAUGACACCAAAACUGGGCUUCACACAUUGUACCCAUGUGUGUAAUCGAACUCUUCGUCUUCGGCGUGACGAGCGAACUCUAUAACCACAAGGCCACCCCAGGGCUCCGAUUCUCUUAUGGCUUUAUUACUGCAGGGAUUCGUGAUAUACAUCAGGAAUCCUUCAGUUACAAAACGGCAAGAUAUUCUCACAAUCACGUGUCUUGGCAGCUAAAUGGUGAUCGGGUGGACCUGACUGAGUGUCAUCUUGGCAGCUAAAUGGUGAUCGGGUGGACCUGACUGAGUGUCAUCUUGACAGCUAAAUGGUGAUCGGGUGCACCUGACUGAGUGUCAUCUUGGCAGCUAAAUGGUGAUCGGGUGGAACUGACUGAGUGUCACUUUGACAGCUAAAUGGUGAUCGGGUGGAACUGACUGAGCGUCAUCUUCACAGCUAAAUGGUGAUCGGGUGGAACUGACUGAGUGUCAUCUUCAUAGCUAAAUGGUGAUCGGGCGGAACUGACUGCGUGUCAUCUUCACAACUAAAUGGUGAUCGGGUGGACCUGACUGAGUGUCAUCUUGACAGCUAAAUGGUGAUCGGAUGGAACUGACUGAGUGUCAUCUUGGCAGCUAAAUGGUGAUCGGGUGGACCUGACUGAGU